UGGUAAUGGCCGUGGUGAUGGUCUCGGCCUUGGUGAUGGUCUUGGCCUUGGUGGUGGACUUGGCCGUGGUGAUGGACAAGCGCAAGUUCGUUAUAGAGGAAUGUUUGGAUAACUAGAUGGACCGUUUCCGUAUGUUCCUCACUAACUAUAAUGUAUCAUAUGUUCUUGUUUUUCCAUAUGUUCUUCUCUUUCAUAUUUGCUUCCAUUUGUUCUUAUUGUCCUUACUAACCAUUAUGUUCCACUCAUUGUAGGUAUGGCGGCUUCCCAACCCAACAAACCAACGAUGAAGGAGGAUGGCGAAGAUGAGAUGGCCGGAUGGUGGGAGAAGGCGGCGAAGAAGCUUAGAGAGGAGGAUGCAGCCAAGCUAAAGAAGAAGAAGGAAGAGGAGCUUGAGAAGGAGAGGAAGCGAAAACAGAGUGCGGCAAAUGCGAUGCGCGCUAGGGAGCAAGCGUUGAUGAGGCAAGUUGAGGAGGCACAGAAGAAGCGUCAACAGGAUUUUGAAGAAAGAACCAUGAAGCUUUGGGAAAUUGCAGCUAAAAAAGAAGAGAGGGACAAGCAGAUAUUCAUGGAGAGGGUGGUUAAGGAGGCUCACCUCAUAAGAAAAAGGGAGGAGGAAGAGGAAGAAGAGAGGAAGAAGAAGAAGGGAAAGGGGCCUUCCUCUACGCAAUAGAGCUAUGUCUCCUCUUCGAUUUGCUUGUGAACUACUAUGUCUCCUCUUCGA